UAAUGGCCCUAAAUUACGGGGGCACAAAACAAAAAAGGGGAUUGUCUCGUUUAAAAAUUUUAAUUUGAUACUACAAGGUACGCCGAAGUAAUCUGCCCUUCACAUUAAAGACAAUUAUCUAACAUAUUUCUUCCCUUUUUUAAGAAAAUGAGUUCCACGACAGUAGAUCGACUCCAACGUUUGGAGGAAGAAGUCCGCGGGUUGCGCGAGGAAGUCAAGGCAGGCAACGCCCUGGUUUUGGCCAUUUUGCAAAAAAUGGUUCCAAUAACCAGGGAGGACUUCCCAAUCCAAACGUUGGAGCGAUUGAAAGAGAUGGACGAAAAACUGUACGAGAAAGUGGACACAUAUACACCGCUCUUUAAAUCUAUAAUAAAUAACAACAUUGUUACUAAUUUAAAUAAAAUAAUAAGCCCUGAUGUAAUAAUGGAAAUAAAUUACGGGGGCACAUUAAAUAUCCCAACAAACAGAUGGAUAAGGCAUUGAACAUGUAUUCAAUUGAACUACAGCGCAACGCAAGACGUAAAAGUAAAGUGUGGGAGUUUUUUAGUUUAAUUUGUUAUUUCGCUUGACUCACUUAUUAAUAAAAGGAAAAAAAAAAUCAGUUUAUUAAAUGCUUACGCCGCCAGCCGCCGACAAUUUCACCGGCGGCGUACCCGCCGCCGCCGCCGGUUCUUUCUAACGGCUACGCCGCCGCCGCUGGGUAAUUUAGAACUCUACGCCGCCGCCGCUGCUGAAACCAUCGGCGUAAACCUCUAACAAGGGCCAACCGGGAACCAGCUUCACCAGAUGAAAAUUAAAUGUUAAAUGUUAAGUGUUAAAUAUUAAAUGUUAUAAAUGUUACUGUUUUCCGAGGUCGGCUUCCCGAAGUAAUCUGCCCUUCACAUUAAAGACAAUUAUCUAACAUAUUUCUUCCCUUUUUCAAGAAAAUGAGUUCCACGACAGUAGAUCGACUCCAACGUUUGGAGGAAGAAGUCCGCGGGUUGCGCGAGGAAGUCAAGGCAGGCAACGCCCUGGUUUUGGCCAUUUUGCAAAAAAUGGUUCCAAUAACCAGGGAGGACUUCCCAAUCCAAACGUUGGAGCGAUUAAAAGAGAUCGACGAAAGACUGUACGAUAAAGUGGACACAUAUGUAAGUUUCCAAUAUCAAAGACAGACUGUAAUAUAAUAACAAACUGUAAAAUUCGGAAAUAUUAAAAAAUGAUAUUCCAUAUAUAUAUAUUUCGAAAUAGGUUUUUUUCCUGUUUUCUAAUAAUUUUUAUAUUUUUUUUCAGACACCGCUCUUUAAAUCGAUAAUAAAUAAUAACAUUGUUUCAAAUUUACCAAAUCAAAAAUUUUAAUUGUGCUUUGCAGAAUCCCUUAAAAGAGAUGGGUACGGAGCGGCAGAAUACGGCCCUUGUGCAAAUAUUAUAAAUUAUAUAUUAUUUUAUAAAUACUAUUUACCAAAUCAAAAAUUUUAAUUGUGCUUUGCAGAAUCCCUUAAAAGAGAUGGGUACGGAGCGGCAGAAUACGCGAAAGACAUCCGGUUGGCCCUUGUGCGGCAAAAAAACAGAGUGUAUAAAAGAAACAGAGCACGCGCAAGGGCCAACCGGGAACCAGCU